AUGUUUGCGCGCUCGGUUCGGAAGCAGGUUACCCACAUCGAACGUGCCUUUUCCACGUCUGCGGCAUGCAAUGCAGACUUCACACAUGCAGUGAUCGGAGGUGGAGCAGUAGGCUUAGCGAUUGCACGGAAGCUGCAAGAGAAGGACGGUGCAUCGACGGUGCUUAUAGAGCGGCAUGGGAGCGUAGGCACAGAGACGAGCAGCCGAAACUCAGAGGUCAUCCACGCCGGCCUAUACUAUGGCACUGACUCCCUCAAAACCAAGCUCUGCCUCCAAGGCAAGGAGAUGAUGUACGACCUCUGCAAAAAGCACGACAUUCCCCACAUGAACUGCGGCAAGUGGAUAGUGGCGCAGAACGAGCAGCAGAUGGGCGAGCUGGAAAAGGUCCACUCUUUCGCCCAGUCCGUUGGCGUACCGACGCGCUUUGUUCCGCUAGACGAGGGCAAGCAGCGCGAGCCGGACGUGCGUGCUGAGAAGGGCAUCCUGGAGAGCACUUCGACCGGGAUCAUUGACAGCCACUCGUUCAUGCAGUUUCUGGAAGGCGACUUCGAGGACCGGGGAGGCAUAUGCGCCUUUCACUCGCCAGUGGUCCGGAUCGAAGCAUUGGACAAUGGCAAAGGUGGCUGGAAGAUAUGGACGAAGCCAGAUGAUACUCGGGAUAAGGACUCGGAAGACGCCAUAACCGCAGACGUUCUUAUCAACUCCGCUGGGCUAUUCGCGAUACCGUUGUCAAACAUGAUUCUUCCGAAGGAGAGGCAUAGGAAACCGUACUACGCCAAAGGCUCGUACUUUUCUUACUCGUCCUCAAAGCCGAAGCCUUCGACACUCGUAUAUCCCGCUCCACAACCUGGCCAUGGCGGCCUGGGCACCCACCUUACAAUCGACAUGAGUGGUCGCAUACGCUUCGGGCCUGAUGUUGAGUGGAUUGAGGAUCCAAAUGACUACGCUGUGAAUGGCAGCAGACUACAAGAAGCGCUUGACGACAUCCAGACAUACUUGCCCGGCAUUGACCGAGAUGCCGUGGGCCUAGAUUAUGCGGGCAUCAGGCCGAAGCUUGGAAAGCUGGGUGCUGUCGCCACUGGGAAGGGCUUCCAGGACUUCUACAUCAAGAAGGAGGAUGGGUUCGAGGGCUUCAUCAACCUGUUGGGGAUUGAAAGCCCCGGAUUGACCAGCUCGCUGGCUAUCGGCGAGCACGUAUAUCGGAUGUUGUACAAAUGA